AUGCAUCCACAGACUGGUAAGAUCAUUGCCGACGCGGACAUGGACCACGCCAUGUCUUACUGCUUCGACCGCGGCGGCGGCCAGUACACCCGUCUCGUGCCGGUCGACAUGCUGCCGGUAGACCUUAAGAACAUCCCGCGCCGUGUCGAGACCGACGAGGGCAUGAUCGUCCUUCCCGUGCCCCGCCAGCCUGGUCCCGAUGGCCAGCUGGCGGAUAUCCAGCUCGAGGCCCAGCCUGUCGUCACUCCACCUUCCAGCCCCAACGGCGUCGCGACCGACAACAUCCAGUCUCGCAUUGACUCGAUUAUCAACGCCUCUCCCGGCCCCGGCGGCAGCAACUCUCUCGUCCUUGCCACUCGCGGUUUCGACGGUACCACCCCGACUCGCGCCCUCCAGCACCACGGCGGUGGCGGCGCCGGCAGCAGCGCCCGCCGGGAGAAAAUCUAUUGCGACAAAUGGAUCCAUGACGGAACCUGUGCUUUUACCCAGCAGGGAUGCAAGUACAAGCACGAGAUGCCGCACGAUCGUGAGACCCAGGAGAAGCUGGGUCUCUUCCACGGAUACCCGGCCUGGUGGAAGAAGCAGGCUCUCGACCAGCAGCGUCCGCUGGCGAUCGACGAUCGCCCUGUUAACCUCAGUGCCGGCCGCGCCGGCUUCUCUGCCCUCGGCGCGAGUGCCAGUAUGGGAAGUGGUCUGAGCACCGCUGUGGUUUCGUCCAACUGGCGUGCGGGUCCCGGCCCCGUGGGUGAGUCUGGUGUCCAGGCCAGUCCUACUUCUCCGUCCCCGACUACCGGAGGAAGCGGCAGUGUCCUUGGUCGCGGAGGCAGUGUCGGCUUCGGCGGCAGCGGUCGUGGCAACGCGCGCCAACCUCGCACGUUCGCCUCUUUCCAGCCGGCCACCUACGGCCCAAUCGCACCCCCGUCUCGCGCCGGCGGCAGCGGCAGCGGCUCCGGCUCCGGUUCCGCGACUGCGGCCACCCGCAGCACCCGGGCUCUGACUGUCUCGUCCGCGGCCAGCACCGGCAACGAGGACGGUGCCGCCGCCGGCGGCGCCCCGUACAACCACCACACCCACCAGCAGCAGCGUUCCUCCGGCUUCGACUCCGGCAACCCGUUCGCGCCGCUGGGCGACCUGAACCAGUCGGGCAGGGCCGCCAGGGCCCGCCGCGACGAAAGCAGCAGCGCUGACACCACCGCGGACGGCGACGAGGAGCAGCGCGGUGCCCCUCUGUGA